UCGAGACAAAUUUUCUUAACAUUGUACCUACCAAUUAAUUAUUCCCCUUUUCGUCAUGUGCGUCCUGGUCGCUAUUCUGUUCGUAGCAGCUCUAUCGGUAACAACUGCGGCUCCGUCAAGUUACUUGGGUCAUGGUGCCACGUUAGCUGGACCAAUUUUAGGACCUGCAGCUCUUGCAGGUCCUAUUAAUGGACCGUCCGCACUCGCUGGUCCAAUAGUUGGACCCGCGCGCAUAUCUGGAGCGGUUGACCGUGGUGCUAUCGUUACGGGUGCUGUUGCUGGACCGUCAGUCGUUUCGGGUAGCAUCCCUGGACAAACGGCGAUUGUCGGCCCAGUUCUUAGCUAUGCAGCACCAGCCUUGGGAUGGCCAGCUUAUGGUUCGUAUGGAGCUGUACUUGCUGGUCCUGCUGCAGGUCCAGCGGCUCUCGCUGGACCUAUCGCAGCUCCAGCUCUGAUCACUGGUCCAUCCGGCAGCAUCUCUGCUGGACACAGUGGAUUAGGUAAUAUCGUUCAUGGAUAUGCACCUGGACACUGGUAAUUUACGUCAUCUGGCAACAUGAACUAAGGACCUCUGCAAUUGAUCUCUUAGACAUACAAUCUCGAUCACGAUCUGCAUCACGAUCUUCAUCAUUCGGCAUAUUAUUCAUCACUGUAUUUCUUAUAUAUGUACAUAACAAAGUUUCGUAUAUAACGUUACAUUAAUAAUAAUAAAUGCAUGGCACUCCUGGAAA